AUGGACUCACCAACACUGAGCCAAAGCGAGUUAAUCACCGACUGGACCGUCGACCAAGUCUCCUCCUGGCUCGGCGCACUCAACUACGAGAAAUACGCCCCGUCCUUCACAGAGAACGGGAUAACCGGCGAAAUCCUCGUCCACCUCGACCACUCCUCCCUCAAAGACCUCGGCGUCACAUCCGUCGGCCACCGCCUCCACCUCCUAAAAGCAAUCUACCAAAUAAAAGUAACACACGACAUCCCCAUCGAAUCACACCACUUCAUCCCCGCCACCUCCGUGCUGGACGGAACGGGUGCGAUGAGUGGGGAUCCGGACCUAGCAUGGUUGCAGGCGGGGAUGAGGAUGAGGGAUGAGCGGAUUGCGGGGGUGGAGGGUGGGAUGCAGAAGCUUGGUGAACAACUCGCGAAGCUAAGGGAGGAGUUGUUGCCGGUUUUUAGGAUGGCGAAGGAGAGGAUGCCAUUACCCACGCCCGGAGGAGUCCCCGACGUCGCACCCUCAGCAGCAGCAGGUAUCGGCCGUAGCGCAACCACCUCCCGUGCCCGCGGCGUCGACGGACUCGGCGUGAGUAGCCCACCACCCCCACGACGACCAAAGCCCCCACCACCACUCAACACCGCCGUCGCAAACGCACACCAACCCCUCGGCCUAACAUCCUCAACCUCAACACCCUCCCUCUCAACCACAGCCUCUCUCCCCUCAACCUCCGUCUCAACCUACUCCUCCCCCCCCUCAGCCUCCGCCUCCGCCUCCACCUCAAAAGACAUCCCAGACGCCUUCAAGUCCUUCCGCGUUUCCCUCGACGACCCCUGUUCCCGCGUCCUCCCCGCCGCACUCCGUCGAUACCGCAUAACCGGCUCACCCAACGACUACGCCCUCUACAUCGUCUAUACCCCUCCGCCCACCACGCCGUCGUUGUCUGGAGCGCCGACGCCGAAGAUGCAGCAGGUGGAGAGGUUGUUGAGGGAUGAGGAGAAGCCGUUGUUGUUGUUUCAGCAGUUGCAGAGGGAGGGGGCGGAGCCGGUUUUUAGGUUGGGGGUUAGGCCGGGGGUUAAGGUUGCGGGUGGAGACGGGGGCAGUAGGGGGGGAAUUAGUGCGGGUGGGAGGGGAGGGGGUGGGCCGCCGGGGAGUGGGAUUGGGAAUUUCCUUUAG